CUUCACUUAGCAGGUGGACGGAGCCCCGCGGCCGGGCAGAGUCCGGGCUCGCCCGAGGACAGGAGGAGGAGCGGGAGCCCGUGCGUCCCGGGAGAGCGCCCCGAGUGCAGGUCCCCGCCCCGCCCAGCGAGCCCCGCUGGAGCGAGCCCAGCGCGCCGGGGCUGGGGGGCGGCCACGACCCCCCCUGAAGGGGGUGGCCACGGAGCGCACCCCGAGAAGCGAGCCCCCCUCCCCAGAGCGCUGCUCCUGCGGCUGCUGCUGCUGCUGGUGACCAAGGCCGGCCGGCGACCCCCGCGCCCUGCCGAGCGGCCUUGCAGCUGCAGCCGGGGGCCGCGGCGGCGGCGGCGGCGGCGGGGGCGGAGGCGGCGGCGGAGGAGGAGGCGGCGAAGGCGGCGGGGCCGGCGGGGGCCCGGGGCGGGGGCGGGGAAGGAGGGGGGAGGAGGCGGGAGGCGGGGGGCGCGGCGGCGGCGGCGGCGGCGGCCGCGGCUGCUGCUGCGGCGGCGGCGGUGGUGGCGGCGGUGGGGUGGCGGGAGCGGAGCGGCAUGGCCACGGCGGCUUCUAACCCCUACCUGCCGGGGAACAGCCUGCUCGCGGCCGGCUCUAUUGUGCACUCGGACGCGGCAGGGGCCGGCGGCGGCGGGGGUGGCGGUGGCGGCGGCGGCGGGGGCGGCGCAGGGGGCGGGGGCGGCGGCAUGCAGCCGGGCAGCGCCGCCGUGACCUCGGGCGCCUACCGGGGGGACCCGUCCUCUGUCAAGAUGGUCCAGAGCGACUUCAUGCAGGGGGCCAUGGCCGCCAGCAACGGCGGCCAUAUGCUGAGCCACGCGCACCAGUGGGUCACAGCCCUGCCCCACGCCGCCGCCGCCGCCGCCGCUGCCGCCGCCGCCGCCGUGGAAGCGAGCUCGCCGUGGUCGGGCAGCGCCGUGGGCAUGGCUGGCAGCCCCCAGCAACCACCGCAGCCGCCGCCGCCACCGCCGCAGGGCCCCGACGUGAAGGGCGGCGCCGGGCGCGACGACCUGCACGCGGGCACAGCGCUGCACCACCGCGGGCCGCCACACCUCGGACCCCCGCCGCCGCCCCCACACCAGGGCCACCCUGGGGGCUGGGGGGCGGCCGCCGCUGCCGCAGCCGCCGCCGCCGCCGCCGCCGCCGCCGCGCACCUCCCGUCCAUGGCUGGGGGCCAGCAGCCGCCGCCGCAGAGUCUGCUCUACUCGCAGCCCGGAGGCUUCACGGUGAACGGCAUGCUGAGCGCGCCCCCGGGGCCCGGCGGCGGCGGCGGCGGCGCGGGCGGUGGAGCCCAGAGCUUGGUGCACCCGGGGCUGGUGCGCGGGGACACGCCGGAGCUGGCCGAGCACCAUCACCACCACCAUCACCACGCGCACCCUCACCCGCCGCACCCGCACCACGCGCAGGGACCCCCGCACCACGGCGGCGGCGGCGGCGGCGCAGGGCCUGGACUCAACAGUCACGACCCGCACUCGGACGAGGACACGCCGACGUCGGACGACCUGGAGCAGUUCGCCAAGCAGUUCAAGCAGCGGCGCAUCAAGCUGGGCUUCACGCAGGCCGACGUGGGGCUGGCGCUGGGCACACUCUACGGCAACGUGUUCUCUCAGACCACCAUUUGCCGCUUCGAGGCCCUGCAGCUGAGCUUCAAGAACAUGUGCAAGCUCAAGCCGCUGCUGAACAAGUGGCUGGAGGAGGCGGACUCAAGCACCGGCAGCCCCACAAGCAUCGACAAGAUCGCGGCGCAGGGCCGCAAGCGCAAGAAGCGGACCUCCAUCGAGGUGAGUGUCAAGGGCGCGCUGGAGAGCCACUUCCUCAAGUGCCCCAAGCCCUCCGCGCAGGAGAUCACCAACCUGGCCGACAGCCUGCAGCUCGAGAAGGAGGUAGUGCGGGUCUGGUUCUGCAAUCGGCGCCAAAAGGAGAAGCGCAUGACGCCGCCCGGGAUCCAACAGCAGACGCCCGACGACGUCUACUCGCAGGUGGGCACCGUGAACGCCGACACGCCGCCGCCGCACCACGGGCUGCAGACGAGCGUUCAGUGAAGCCAGGGCGCAGAGCGAAGAGGGCCGCCGCCGCCGCAGCCUCCGCAGCCGCCGUCAGCACCGCCGCCGCCCCCGCCGCCGCCGCCGCCGCC